GAGCACCAAUCAUGCUCAGAAGGGGCCUCAGCCUCCAGACUACGAUUCCCAGAAGGCCAUACUCACUUCCGGGGCAUUUUCCCAAGGAGUGGGCUGGUCAUUACGUCACUUCUGCCGCUCCUCUUUCACCCUUUUCCGUGGUUAUUUGUGUCUCCUUCCCCUUCUCUGUCCAGGGCUGAAGUGUGACCGGUUCUCCCUUCUGUGGCCUCUGCUCUGCCGCAGGAGGACAGCCUGGAGGAAGAGGGAAUGGCUGCUGCCCCGACAGCCGGGCCCGGGAAGGAAUCAGUGACAUUCAAGGAUGUGGCUGUGGAAUUCACCCAGGAGGAGUGGGUACAAUUGAACUCAUCUCAGAAAAAGUUGUACAAGGAUAUGAUGCUAGAGAACUAUAGGAACUUGGUCUCUUUGGGAUUUGCCAUUUCCAAACCAGAUGUGAUCUACCAGUUGGAAAGAAAGGAAGCGUCUUGGAUGCCAGAGGCAGAUAUUCCAAGAAGCAGCUGUCCAGAAAGAAGAGGAUUUACUGGAGAUAAACCUCUUGAAUGUAAUGAAUGUGGGAAGGCCUUCUGGAGCAAGAAUCAUCUUGCUGUGCAUCAGAGAAUUCAUACUGGAGACAUUCUUUAUAAAUGUAAGGAAUGUGGGAAGGCUUUUCUCUACAACUCAGUAUUUAUUAUACAUCAGAGAAUUCAUACUGGAGAGAAACCUUAUGGAUGUAGUGAAUGUGGGAAGGCCUUCAGGACUAACUCACAACUUAAAGUACAUCAGAGAAUUCAUGCUGAAGAGAAACCUUAUCAAUGUAGUGAAUGUGGAAAGGCCUUCAGGAUUAAGAUACAACUUUCAUUGCAUCAGAGAAUUCAUACUGGGGAGAAACCUCAUAAAUGUAAUGUAUGUGGGAAGGCCUUUACUUUCAAGAGAUAUCUUACUCGACAUCAGAUAAUUCAUAGUGGAGAGAAACCUUAUGAAUGUAGUGAAUGUGGGAAGGCCUUCAGGAUUAAGAUUCAACUUUCACUGCAUCAGAAAAUUCAUACUGGAGAGAAACCUUAUGAAUGUAGUGAAUGUGGAAAGGCUUUCAGGAGGAAGUCACAGCAUACUCAGCAUCAGAAACUUCAUACUGGACACUUUCUUUAUGAAUGUAAGGAGUGUGGGAAGGGUUUCCUGUACAACUCAGACCUUAUUCGACAUCAAAGAAUUCAUACUGGAGAGAAACCUUAUGAAUGUAGUGAAUGUGGGAAGACCUUCAGAAGGAAGGCACUUCUUACUGUGCAUCAGGGAAUUCAUACUGGAGUGAUUCUUUAUGAAUGUAAGGCAUGUGGGAUAGCUUGUCCCUGCAACUCAGAACUUAUUCAACAUCAAAGAAUUCAUACUAAAGAGAAACUUUAUGAAUGUAGUGAAUGUGGAAAGGCCUUUAGGAGGAAGUCACAUCAUACUGAACAUCUGAAACUUCAUACUGGAGAGAAACCUUAUGAAUGUAGUGAAUGUGGAAAGGCCUUCAAGAGGAAGGACCAUCUUACUGUGCAUAAGGGAACUCAUGUUGUAGACUUUCUUUAAAAAAUGUAAGGAGUAUCAGAAGGGUUUCCAGUACAACUCAGGUCUUACUAACAUCAAAAAAUUCAUACAGUAGAGAAACUUUUUGAAUGUAAUGAAGGAGAGAAGACCUCCAGAGUGAGGAUAAAACUUACUCAACACCAGAGUAUUCAUUUAGGAGAGAAAUGUUGAGUGUGACACAUGUAUGAAGGCCUUUAGACUGAGGACACUACUUUAUGUCCAUCAGAGAAUUCAUCCUGGUGAGAUUCCUCAUGAAUGUGAGGAGUGUGGGAAGGCCUUCCAUUGCAAUUCAGAUCUUAUUAAACAUCAAAAAUUCAUGCUGGAGAAAAGCCUUGUGUGUGUUGUAAAUGUGGAAAGGCCUAAUUCAUACCUUAUGAGUGUAUUGUACAAGGAAAGGCCUUCCACCUGAAUGUAGAUCUCAUUCAACAUCAGAGCAUUCAUACUGGAGAAAGAUCUUAUGAAGGCAGUGAAUGUGGGAAGACCUUCAACCUGAAGACACAACUUGCUCAGCAUCAAAGAAUUAAUUCUGGAGGGAAACCUUUUGAAUUUGGGAAGGUCUUUAGACUAAGAACCUACUGGAUGUCCAUCAGAGAAUUCAUACUAGAGUGAUUCUUCAUGAAUAUAAGGAAUGUGGAAAACUUCCCUCAGCUGACUGGACUGUGAUUCUGAGUCCCUAGAUGUAAUUCAGGGAGUCUUUAUUUAAGCUUCAUGGGAGAAGACCCUCUGCAGAGGCCUCUAAAUGGGCAAAGAUUUAGUGUUAUCCUCCCAUGAGCCUUCAGGGAGGGAGAGGUUAUGCUGGCUGAGUCAGAGGUUACUGAGUGGAUGGUGGUAUUGGGAGAGCCUUAGUAUCUAUUUUGAUCUCUGGGCGUAUGGCAUGCAAGAUGCUUGGGGAUGACCUCUUGGCCAUGACAUGAGCCUGAGCCUAAUGAGUGAUGAAUAAUUAUUGACGGUGCUUGAGAAAUAAAUCAUAAUCUGAGCUUUGUUCCUGA